AUGGCAAGCUUCACUUCCUCCGUCGCUCGUCCUACUCUCCUUCUCAAGUCUUCAAUCGCAGCCAUCUCCACAAAGCCUGUCUAUGGUCUUCCCCGUAUGAGUAAGAGAAGCAGUGGAGUGAAAUGCUCGAUGGAGACGAAAGAGGCAAAGCAAGAGCAGAUUUCAACGGCGGGUGCGUCUGCCGUUGCGGUUAUGUUGACGGCGGUGAUGAGUAGUAGCCCAGCAAUGGCGUUGGUGGACGACAGGAUGUCGACGGAAGGAACAGGACUACCUUUUGGUCUGAGCAAUAACCUGUUAGGCUGGAUUCUUUUUGGUGUGUUUGGUUUGAUCUGGGCUCUUUACUUUACAUACGCUUCUUCCCUUGAUGAAGAUGAGGAUUCUGGACUUUCCCUCUGA